CGACCUCAGCAGAAGGCAGUCCUUGCGCUGACGAAAUCAUUUCUUUCGGGGCAUCGCGUGCGAGCGUAUCAUCGGUGGCUCUCCCUCGUGAUUGCGAGUCGUGGCGACAUUAAUCGCAUCGUUUCGACGUAAUCGCUGUUCCCUCGGCGUGCCGCUCCGGUACCGCGUAGAGUUCACGUCCAAGUGAGAGGGACAGACACCUCUCUCGUACGAGAACGGCUAGAAAUCCGACCCAGUGUCACAGAGGAAGUGUCGAUUCGGCCUCAACACACCAGCAUGGCCGCGAUGUCUGUGAUCGGAAUCGACUUCGGGAACGACAAUUGCUAUGUGGCCGUAGCACGCGCUGGUGGCAUUGAAACUGUAACGAAUGACUAUAGCCUUCGCAAUACACCGUCAUGUGUUGCAUUCAGUGGGAAAAACCGAAUUCUUGGUGUGGCAGCCAAAAACCAGAUGGUGACAAAUAUGAAAAACACCAUUUAUAAUUUUAAAAGGUUACUAGGUAGGAAAUAUAAUGACCCACAAGUUCAAUGUGAGCGACAGACUCUACCCUUUAAAAUGACUCAACAAACUGAUGGAAGUAUCGGCAUACAUGUACAAUAUCUGGGAGAAGAACAUGUCUUUUCACCAGAACAAAUUACAGCUAUGCUUUUCACAAAACUGAAAGAUGUUUCCGAAACAGCGCUGCAAACUGCUGUCAACGAUUGUGUCAUAUCAGUUCCUUCAUACUUCACUCAAGCUGAGCGUCAGGCCCUACUUGAUGCUGCUAAAAUUGCGGGCCUCAAUAUUCUAAGAUUAUUUAACGAGACCACCGCCACUGCACUUUGUUAUGGUAUUUAUAAGCAGGAUUUGCCGGGAACAGAUGCAGCUCCAAGGAACAUCGUUUUUGUGGAUUGCGGCCAAGCCGGCCUGCAAGUGAGCAUUUGUGCCUUUCAUAAAGGCAAACUUAAGAUGUUGUCAAGCGCUGCCGAUAGUCAAUUGGGCGGCAGAAACAUUGACAAUAUUUUGGCGGAACACUUCUGCCAAGUGUUCAAGAAGCGAUACAAUAUUGAUGUACACACCAAUCCUCGGGCAUACUUAAGAUUGCUCGCGGAAGUUGAAAAAUUGAAGAAACAGAUGUCAGUUAAUUCGACGACUCUGCCUCUGAAUAUCGAGUGCUUUAUGGAUGAGAAAGAUGUGCACGCCGAGAUAAAGCGCACUGAGAUGGAGGAUUUGUGCAGUCAUCUGAUUAAACGCGUCGAGGCGACUUUCGUCCAAUGCUUGGUUGAUUCAAAAUUGAAACUCGAGGAGAUUCAUGCAGUCGAGUUGGCAGGGGGAUCAAGCCGGGUUCCUGCUAUCAAACGUUUAGUAGAAGAAAUUUUCGGUCGACCGGUAUCGACUACCUUGAAUCAGGACGAAUCGGUUGCUCGUGGUUGUGCGUUGCAGUGCGCUAUGCUCAGUCCUGCCGUGCGUGUCCGUGAAUUUUCAGUUACAGAUAUACAGCCAUAUUCCUUAAAAUUGACAUGGGACGCUACUCAGGGUGAAGAAGGAGAGAUGGAAGUAUUUGGACAUAAUCAUGCUGUACCAUUCUCGAAGAUGCUGACGUUCUACCGUUCGAAUCCGUUUGUGCUUACUGCCAGUUACAGUUUGCCGCCUCCUUAUUAUCCUCAGACACGUAUCGGAACAUUCAUGAUAAAGAAUAUAAAAGCUACACCGGAGGGCGAGUCAGCGAAAGUUAAAGUGAAAGUGAGGGUGAAUCUGAACGGCAUUUUAACUAUCUCGUCGGCGUCGCUCAUCGAGAAACGUGAGUCGACGCAGCAAGAAAAAGAGGAAGAGGAUGCCCAGCAACAGCAGCAACAGGAUAACAUGGACAUUGAUCAGCAACAGGAGAAAAAGGACAAACUCGAUCAAGAAGCGCAGGCGAAUGAACCACCAGCAACAGAGGUGAGCAUGGAUAAAACACGACGGAACUCAGAUGCUGAUGACGGUGGAAGAGGCCCUAGGGGUUCUGCCCCUUCCUACUCCUCCAGGAUUCUCUCUUGGUUCAGCUCGGGUGACGAUAAGGGUGAAGAGAAAGGCAAGAAAAAGAUUCCCGUUCGUACGGUCGAGUUACCCAUCGAAGCUAACGUUUGCGGACUUUCUCUGCGAGAUCUCGAUGCCGCGAUGGAAAAAGAGGGCAAAAUGAUCGCUGAAGACAGGCAGGAAAAAGAGCGAGUUGACGUACGUAAUGCUUUGGAAGAAUACGUUUACGACUUACGUUCCAAAUUGUCUGAAGAAGAUCAGUUAGCUACAUUUAUCACGGAAGCCGACAAGGAGGCUCUUUGUCGUAUAUUAGAUGAUACUGAAAUUUGGCUCUAUGAGGAAGGAGAGGAUUGUCAGCGACAGGUCUACUCCGAGCGAUUGAUGCGCUUGAAGUCUCAAGGUGAGCCAAUAAAGGAAAGGAGAUUAGAGUUUGAAGGACGAUCUCAAGCGUUAGAGGAACUUGGGGGAGCAUUACAGUUGGCUAAGAAAAGUCUCGAUCACAUCAAAGCAUCAAAUCCGAGAGAUGACAAAUAUUCUCACUUAACGGAGGAAGAAGUGAAGAAAGUUGAGAAGGCAGUGCAUGAGAAGUGGACGUGGUUAGAAGAGAAGCGUAUUCUACUUGCGAGUACAUUACGCACGCAACAACCACCGGUCACCGUAGCACAGAUUCGCGCCGAGAAACAGGCAUUGGAUAGUGUAGUACUACCUAUCAUCAACAAGCCUAAACCUAAAGCGGAGCCACCAAAAGAAGAAAAAACGAAAGACAAAGAUGCCGAUGAACAGAAGAUGAAUAAUCAAAAUAGCCAAGCUAAUGCUCACAAUCACACUAAUCAACAGACACAGCAAGAAGAAAAUAUGGACGUUGAGUAACGUCACUAAAAUUUAUGUGGUUUUAAUAUUAUUAAAUCUACCCAUAAUUCGAAGAAAUAGCAAAUGAUUCAUUUGGGGAAACUGUGUUUAUCGCGUCACAAAAGCGCUUGACAUGUAUUCAGAAUUUUUGCACACACGAUUGUCAUGUCUCUCUCUUUCUUCUUUUCUUUCCUGUAACGCCUGUUUGAUGACAGGUAUUAUGCUUGCACGAACGUAAGUGUAUUGAAAGCUAAAGUAUCUAUUGACAAAUUCGAUUGGAUGCACUAGCGUGUAUCAAGAUACACCAAGGCCGGUAUCAGUCCGCUUUUAUAUUUAAGCUGUAUUUAUAGUUUUUUCUUAUAUUUAAGAUCGUCUUAAAUUCGCCUUCAGAUGCUAUACAAAUCGUUUCAUUAGCCACAGAAUAUUUGGAAGCGAAUUUACGAUAAUCUUAAAUAUAAAAACGGACUAUGAUAUCGAUCGGUCUUAGUGUAUCUGGUGCACAUCAGUGCAUCCGAUCGAAUUUGCCAUAUGAAAGAAUGUGCGUUACAAAAUCUACUUUUGUUUGAAUACAGCUUUUUCUGAUACUCAUGAUAACAAAUAAUUAUCAUUUGGCCAAGUAUAGCAAUGCCUUAAAAGCCCAAAUAAUGAAGCUUUUUUUCUUACUUUUAAAAGUAUUGGUUCUUUUUUUUUUUUUUUUGAGUUUUCAGUACGCUUCUAAGUAACCGGAUCGUUCUAGGUGAAUACUUGAAAAAAAUCUUUAAAGCUAUUGCCAGUAGGAAAAAUUAAUACGUUGCGAUGUUUCACGUAGUACUCGAAUACUAAGUUAAAUCUCUAAUGACUAAAUUAUGAGACUAGAUAAUAUAGCUCUGGCGAUUGUAUUUAAUAUUACAGUUAUUCAUUCCAACAUUUUUCAUGGCUGACAGCAAAUACUGUCUUUUCUUUUUUUUUGCAUUUAAAGUAAAUAAAUAAACAUUUCACUAAUUAAAAUUGCUAAUUUUGCUCUGAUAUUUGGAACGUUUAAGCAUCACUAAACAUAUUAGAAGUUGACUGCAAUUUUUCAGUUCCAAUUAUGACUCGAAUAAUUUCUCUCUAGCAGAAAUCUCAUUUUCUACGCAAAAAAUUAAAAAUUUUAUCUAGACAUACCAUUGUACAUAACUUGUAGACAUCUACAUAAUGACAGUAUAUUUCUUUAUCCCAAUCAUAUUUAUAUUACUAUACUACUCGUCACAACACACUUAUAGAAAGUCUUAUAUCGGAAACUUGGUUGUUCCUAGAAUACACAAGAAUAGGAAGUCCAUAUUUCACUCUUGUGCCUAACUUUUCUUUUAGCAAGUAAGGCCAGUAUUAAUAAUUGUCACCUGAAACUUGUCUCAUAUAAGAUAUUCAGAUUUUUGUUCAGAGUUACAUCAAAAGUUGUUGACAUUUGUAUCUAUAAGUGUGCGCGCGCGCGCGAUUCAACUGAAAAACUUAUCUCUAACUUUAGAUUCAAAUCUGAGUAUCUAGAGACGAGUGUCAAGUAAUAACUAUUAAUACAGACCUAAGUACAAUCUCAUUAUCACGUAUGUGUAUAAUGUAACUACGUUAGUAAAAUGUAAAAAAUUUAUUAGAUAGGCAAAAUGUAAGAAGUGAUUAGACGCUUUGUUUCAUUGAAUGAUAAAAGUUUCUAAUAUACGACGAGUUCUUUUUUUUUUUUGUAUUUUUAAUUCUUUGCAUAUAUACGGAUUAUUUUAGUGCUUUUCGCAAUUAUGUAUAUCUCAAGAAAAAAUUUAUAAUGUAUAAAUUGUUUACGUAUUUUUACCGUUAUUUUUCAGAUGUUUUUGCUAAAAAUUUAAUACGAUAGGUGCAUCCUUAUCGAUGUUUGGAAAUUAAAUAUCAAUCAAUGCCAAAUAUUUAAAUUGAUUUCAAUCUAAUGAUUAAAAUAAACGGUUAUAAGAAAAUGAGUUUAACAUCAAUUUUGUAUUAUUUAACUAAUAUUUUACUUUUCCUUUAUAUAACGGUUCAAUAUGUCCAUUAGCUAACACUUCUCAUUAAUUUAUAUUAUUACUAUACUAUAUUCUAUUGAUUAGGUUUAAAUUCUUAGAAAAAUAAGUUUUUAAACAUUCAAAUCUUUUGCACACAGAUUGAAUAAUCGUAAUAAUCUUAACAUAUAAAGUUUUAUUAUAUUAUUUCAUAACAUACAGCAUAAUAUAAACUUAUGAUAAAUUCUAAAGUGAUAUAAUCAUGUGUUAAAAUUAUGUUGUCUAAAAUAGACACAAAACUUGCUUAUUUGUUUAAUUUAAUUAAAUAAAUAAACAAUUUAAAUUUAUUGCAAAAUUUAUGAAGCAGUUAAAUUUAAAUCUCAACAAUAACUUUCAAAAUAACAAAUAACAAAGGAUGAAAUAUGGACAUAUAUUUCUUUAAAGGUCUGUUCGUUUUUGAAGAACUUCUGCAUUAGUGUAAUGAGUUAAAGUAAAACAAAUAUAUUUUCUUUCACUUUAACUUAUUCUACUAAUGUGCAUCGGUUCAGAAAUUUUUUGGAAACUAACAAGCCUUAUGUGUGAAUCAUACCAAUCUUAUCAACUUAUAAGAGAGUUUAAAUUGUUGAAAUCUUAUAUUGCCACAUUAUUUUAUCAUUUAUCGUACAUAAGGAUAAAUGAACCAUAAUGAUGUGUGCUUUAUUGGAAAAAUAUAUUCAGUAAGUGCACCGCAGUACUUUAUUGUAUUUUUAUGUAAUAUUAUGAAAAUUAUAGUAACAUAUUAACAAUCGCAUAAACAUCGAACGGUAUAUUUAAAGUACACAUUGCAAAUGUUAUAAUUUAAAUGAAUUUUGGAAUGUAAGUUAUUUUAUAACUUAUAUAAUUAUUUUCCACAUAUAAAUCGUGUAUAGCAUAGACGAUGUUAUGUUAUUUUUGUGAAAUUAGCAACCACCUGACUUAUUUGCUAAAGCAAAAGUAAGAUAAAAUAUAUCAACAAAUGCUGUUUAUAAAGAUGUGUUUAUAUACAGCAUACCUUUUGAAGAGUUUCAGCUAAACAAUGUCGAAAAUAAAUGUAUUGACUGUGAUUAUGUCGUAAAUGGUCACCAAGGUGUACUUAAUAAAGAAUUAAUCUCUCUUAA